CAAUCAACUGGAAAGGAGGCUGGGUUUUCUUCUAAUCUCUUGCGACGUCGAGGUCAGAGGGUUUUGCUGGGGCGUCAGUUUCAAGCUGCCUCUUAAUGGAGGGUGUUGCUUAAACUAAUUAUCGGGGAAUGUAAAGCAAUUAUUUUUAGAUACUGGCUAUUGAGAAAGCAUUUCUUUUGUAACGUAAUACCGAAUUUGCGCCGACUUUGUCUUGUGCAAACAGAGGAGGAACGGAUUAUGCCUGGUUUCAGAGAAAUAGGACUGGUAGGGGCUGGUUUGGCUGUUACAGGAGGCGUUAUUUGUGCUAUCUGGAAUUAUGUGGCAUCGACAAGAAAACAACGGACAACCGUAGAUCAACCGAGUGAUGAACCCAGUUUAGUUACAGAGGUGAAAUCUGCAAACAAACAGAUCCUUGUACUGGGUUUAGAUGGAGCUGGGAAGACCAGUAUCCUGCACUGUCUGGCCACUGGUACAGUGAAGAGAAAAGUGUCCCCCACUGAAGGUUUCAAUGCUGUUUGUAUCAAUACAGAAGAUAUCAAGAUGGAAUUCCUAGAAAUAGGUGGAAGUGAAACAUUGAGGACAUACUGGCACAUGUACCUCAAGAAAGCCCAGGUGCUGGUGUAUGUUGUGGAUUCUGCUAACCCAAGCCGAUUUUCGACAGCAAAGAAUCAUUUGCAUCAAUUGAUCAAAGAGGACGCCCAGCUUCCUUUAGUGGUGUUACUAAAUAAGCAGGAUCUUGAAGGGGCCUGUGGCAUUACAGAACUCCAUGAUGCAUUGUCUUUAUCUGAAGUUGGUGACGUGAGGAAGCUGUUCAUCAUUGGAACGCAAGUGAAUGGUUCAGAGGUUCCCUCAAGUGUUCAGGAUGCCCGGGAGCUAAUCACACAACUGGUUGCAGAAAACAGAUGAAAUAUUAAUUUUGGAUGACAGUAUACUGGUGAGACAAUGUGGUACGACAAUCACAAAAUGUCUAUACCAAAGAGCUUCCUAGUAAAUUUUACUCAAUGGUUUACAAUGUUUGCAGAGAUGUGGCCUAAAUGGUUACAAAUGUGUGUUAUAUAUUUUGUCUAGGGUUUGUGUUUUCUGUUAAAAAUUAUUAACCACCAAAGUAGGGGUGCUAGAUUCCGUUUAAUUUAUUAAAUGUUUAACAAAGAAUUAUAGGAACAAUCUUUUUAGCGAAAGUUUUGCUUUUGUGGAUGAGGAAAAGAAGUUACAAGAAAUAGAUGUCUACAAUUAUUUAUUAAAGCAAUUUUUUUGCAAAACACCAAAAAUGAUAAUUCAAAAGUAUUCAUACCCUGACAAGGAAAAUGGAAUUAAAAGCUAGUUGAGGGACCUUUAUCAGUAACCUCUUUUAAAAGAUUAGUAUAUUUGGCAAUGAGCUUUUGGCAUGAUUCUUUAGUGAUUUUUUGACCAUUCUUCAACGUAAAAUUGUCCCAGUUCAUUCAAAUUCUGAGGACUUAUGUUAUGCACAGCCUUGUUCAACUCAUACCAAAGAUCAGGACUUUGACUAGGCCAUUCCAGAACCUUGAUUUUGUUUUAACCAUUAACCAUUCUGAAGUAGAUUUUGAUGUGUGCUUUGGAUCGUUGUUGUGUUGGAAAGGCCAGUUGCGCUUUAAACCAAGUUUUGCAGCAGAGGGUUUGGUAUGCUAUGGAAUCCAUUUUACCAUGUAUUGGAACUAAAUUUCUUGUGCCAUUAGAGGAAAAAUAGCCCUAUAGAAGGAUAUUACCACCUCCAUGCUUGACAGUAGGUAUGGUGUUUUCUUUGUACACUUCACCAGACUUUCUCCAAAUGAAAUGACUUUCAGUGUGACCAAAUAGCUUGAUUUUUGUUUCAUCACUCCACAAAACCUUUAACCAGAACUGCUAUCCAUCAUUCAAAUGCUGUUUUGCAAACUUUAAGCGAUUGUCCUUGUGACGUUUUCCUAAGAGUUGCUUUUUCCUUGGCCUGCUACCAUUGAGACCUUCACAAUGCAAUACUUGACCUAUGGUUGAAAUGGAAACCCCAGUCCCACUUGUAGCCAAUUCACUUUGAAUAUCUUUGGCAGUCAAUCUCAGAUUGUUAUUAACUUUCCUCACAACUCUUCUACUUCUUUUUGGUGAAAGAACCUUCUUUCUUCCAGACCGAGGGAGCGUUGUGACAGUACCAUGAGUCUUGUACUUCUUGAUAAUAGAAACAAUAGUUGAAAUUGGGAUACUCAAGUGCUUGGAAAUCUUCUUGUAUCCUUCUCAAGCUUUAUGAUAAUAAGUAAUUUUCUGCCUAGGUCUUCAGAUAGCUCUUUCAUUUUUCUGUACUUUUUCCCAUAUUGACUUAUUGGUAAUGACAGCAAUCAUCCUAUGCCUAACCCUUUUAUACUCUCUAAGAAUGUUCACCUACAAUCCAGCAUUUUCUAGACUUUUCUAGAAUUAGGUUCUGCAUUAUUGAAAUUUCUAGCACCUUGUAGACAAUACUAUCAUAGCAUCAAAGGGUAUGCAUACUUUUGAUUUAGCAUUUUUGGAGUUUUACAAAUUAAUUGUAGACAUCUAUUUCAUGUAACUUUUUUUUUCCUCAUCCACAAAAGCAAAACUUUUGCUUCAAAAGAUGUUUCCUAAAAUUCUUUGUUUUUGAGAAAUUAUAAAUUUCCAUUGGAGUAUGUAAACUUUUGACUACAACUGUAUAUACAUAUGUAGACAUUAACAGAUAUUUACAUAUGAAAAGCAAUAACUUACUUUGUCAGUGGUGCUUUGCUUCACAAUAUCCAUUGAGUAAAACAAGGUAGUGUUAUUUUGAUUUACUAUUCCAUCAUCAGCCACCACAAAACCGAAAGAUUAGAGAUUAGAUUACAUUCUAUACUGUGCAGGCUUUCUAGCGAACCUGGAAGUAAUUUAAUCUUGCUGCGCUGCAUGUAAAUGCUGACUCACGACAUCUCUAAAAGUAUUAAGUACGGUGUCAUGCUGAAUGUUGCAUUAUUUUGAGAUGUGUUUUGAUGUUUUAAAAAUACAUCUAAUUUAUAAUACCGAAAGUUAACAUUUUUUAAAAAAUGCAUUAAUAAUAGUAUGCGCUCAUCUCAAAAUAAUGCAAAACGGAUGGCCAGUGGUGCUUAAUGAAGCAUGUAAAUAGCGUUUGGUACGUAAACAUCAAUCAAUGGAAUAAAAUGGUUAAGUAAUACUUUAGUGUGUGCUGUUUGCCUACGAGACUGACCAGGAUUGGUAUGUUUAAGGUUUGUUAUUUCUUGAUAUAAAAAAAAAAAAAACUUGAUUAUACUGCAUUUAUAUUUAGGCAGUAUUAGCAAUAAAAAGUAAUCUCUGCGAGCGUACAUGUUUUUUUUUAUUAUUAUUAUUUUAAAUCCCUCUAUAUCGCGAUGUGGAAAUUAUUGUCAAUAUCGAAAGAUAUAUAUAUUAUGUAUGGUAUGUAUGUAUGUAUGUAUGUAUUUAUUUAUUUAUUUUUACUAACCAGAGCCCUCUGGUGGGUACAGUUGCAAUUACAACCCCCUGCUACAUUAUAGUGACUUGAUGUUUUCAAGUUUUGCUACAUUGGCUGUAGCAGCAUAACAAAACAACAAAAAAAAAAGCAUGUAAAAGAUUCAGAGAUUAUUGGCAAAAAAAAAAUCCAAAGGUUUUACCUUUUGUUCAUGCUUACACUACCUGGUGAUUUUUCAGCCUACCAGAUUUUUGUAAACAGAAUCAGGUGGUAAAGGUGAUACAGCAAAUAAUAAACUCCCUUUCUGUCAA